AUGCAAUUCACUCUCAGACUCGUCUCCGUUGUCGCGCUCGCGACCAUGGUCCUUGCUAGCCCUGCCUAUAACAGGGACGUCGAGGCAUCCAUCGUCAGCAAUGCAGAACUCGACAACUGGCUCCGCACUACAGAUGCGGUCCUUACCUUCACCGGCACCGCCAAAGGACCUCUCGCCAAGCGUAGCGCCCUCAAUACGAGGGUAGUCUACUGCAACCGCCGCAGUGGGUCCGUCUGCGGAGGCGACUGUACUGUCUACGAAGGAAAUAGUGCCUGUCUCAACGCUCCAGACACCACCUGCCUGAUGGCUACGACGGAUGUCGCGUUCUGCGACAGAGGCGGGUGUGGAGGAAGCUGUAACACGUUCAAUUCCUGCGGGACGAGACUCGAUGGGGGCUUCUGCUUCACUCCUGGCACCAGGUCCAUCAACGUCCCAUUCACCUAA